UUCCGCCACAGUUAGCAGGCCCGCAGUCUCGAGCAGACCCGCAGAAGGGAGAGGAGCCAGCGGAGUAGUCGACAGCAGCAGCAGCAGCAGCAGCUCCCAAACGCGCAGUGUGUGAACUGAACGGGGGCGAUUUUAUUUAAAAAUAAAGCCUGGGACAAUAGUUCCCUGGGACCUGAGCUGGAUUUUGGAUCCCCCUGAUGCGAGUGAGUGGCAGAGAGUCCUGGAACAAAAAUCAAAGCGAUGGGAGCCUUUGGAGUGGUCAUAGGGAUUUUACACUGCAUGGGACUUUACAUCCAACUUAGCGCCUCGUCAAAGCAAGCUGGAUACCCGGACCUGGAGAAUCAUAUCUCCGGCAAUGUUUCAGCCCUGUUCACAGAAGUGCCCCAUGACAUCACAACGCAGCCUGGUCAGGAUGUGGAGAUGGCCUGCUCCUUCCGUGGCAGCGGCUCACCCUCCUACUCACUGGAGAUCCAGUGGUGGUACAUCAGAAACCACAAAGACUGGAUGGACAAACAGGCAUGGACCUCCAACCAGAUAAUGCCCCAAGAACAGAAUUCGAAGGAUGCUACCAAAAUUAGCGUCGUGAAGGUUGCUGGGAGUAACAUCUCUCACAAGCUGCGCCUGUCCAGCGUGAAGCCCUCAGACGAGGGGACGUACGAGUGCCGGGUGAUUGACUUCAGCGACGGCAAGGCCAGACACCACAAGGUUCGGGCUUACCUGCAGGUGGAACCAAACCAGAACUCGGAACCGCAGCACCACGGCACCGGCCACCGCCCACAGGAGACCAAGGCAGGGAGCCUCCAAUCCAACCACGGCAAGCACGCACCCACACACAGCCAUCACAAAGGAGGCAGGGAGCUGAAGAAACACUCGGCGGAGAAUGCUAAUGACUGCACUGACAGCUGUGUGCUGUAGAGCCAAGGCAGCCGGGCAGCCAGCCCAGACUGCAGCUACGACGUGAACCGCUUCUUGUAAAUUGUAUAAAGGAGUGCAUGUUAAACAUCUUUAUAAUGAAUGUUUGUUGUUUAUCAGUGGAAAGUCAAGACAACUGUACAUUGGGAUUCUGGGAUGGUUUUUGAAGACAGCUACAGGAAUAGGCAUGAUGGUUUCUGGUUAAAUCACUCGAUAUUCCUCAUUAUUUACUUCAAAGAUCAAACAUGUCCAAAGGGUGAAGCCAAAAGGGGAAAUAUUUGAUAUUAUAAAAAUGAAAGGCCUAUAAUUUCAGGGGCACAAUUUCAAUUUGUUAACAACAAAAAUGAUAACAAAGGAUUUUUAAUAUUUGUUUUGCUUUUACAAAUGGAAGCAUGUCUUGUUUGUGGAAGAAUUCGUUUUUUACAGAAUUUUGGUCUCACCCAUAACCGCUUAUCACAUUAAAUAAAUCCUACCUGAAUUAAAAACCUUAAUGCGAUCAGAUAACAUAAUGUGGGGCAUUGCAUCACAAAAAAAUUUUGAUUAUAAUUAUUUACAAAACUAAAAAUAAAAAAAAUGUUAAAGAAAGCACUAUAGUUCCUGAUUGGCAUGCUGUCUUUGAUAAGUGCAGUGUGUUAACAUUCUUCACAGUUAGUUUCAUCUGGUUUGAGCAAGUUUUUUUUUCUUUUUAGAAACUGCAGGGGAAAGCAGAAGAAACUUUGAGUUUUUUUUCUUUUUGCAAAA